AUCCCUGAAGACAGAAAAAAGGUUAAUUUCAAUGGGUGAAUCAAUUCAAAGGACAUGUCUUUAUUCUCCCAGUUUUGAUUUCUCUCUCUCUCUCUCUUUCUUUUCUUUUUUUUUUUUCAUUUUGGGUUGAUUUAGAUUCUGGGUUUUGGUUUUUUUGAUGUGGGUUUCCUUCCAUGAUCAUUGGUUCAAUGCUGGAUGAUGAUGAUGAUGUUGCGUUUACAGUUCUCUGUUAGAGCCUCUACCAAUAUUAGCUCAGAUGGUGAGAAAGGGAGGAUGAUGAUACGCAAAGAUGAGGAUGGAUGGAAAAUUGACUACUCAGGAGAAAAACCAGCCACUCCAUUGUUGGACACAAUCAAUUUCCCUGCACAUAUGAAGAAUCUCUCCAUACCGGACCUUGAACAACUAGCAGCAGAGCUUAGAGCAGAUGUUGUGUAUACGGUAUCGAAGACAGGAGGGCAUCUUAGUGCAAGCUUAGGAGUAGUGGAACUGACAGUGGCUCUGCAUCAUGUGUUUAAUACCCCUGAAGACAAAAUCAUAUGGGACGUUGGGCAUCAGGCAUACCCACACAAGAUCCUUACAGGAAGAAGGUCUAAGAUGCACACCAUUAGGAAAACUUCAGGGCUUGCUGGGUUUCCUAAGAGGGAUGAGAGUAUUUAUGAUGCUUUUGGUGCUGGACAUAGUUCUACUAGCAUCUCUGCUGGUCUUGGCAUGGCAGUUGCAAGAGAUCUACUGGGGAAGAACAACAAUGUCAUUUCUGUGAUUGGAGAUGGAGCCAUGACUGCUGGACAAGCAUAUGAGGCCAUGAACAACGCUGGGUUCCUCGAUUCUAACCUUAUUGUCAUACUCAAUGACAAUAAGCAGGUAUCUCUACCAACUGCUACUUUGGAUGGCCCUGCAACUCCAGUAGGUGCUCUAAGCAGCACCUUGAGCAAGAUCCAAGCAAGCACCAAGUUCCGCAAACUCCGUGAAGCUGCAAAAAACAUCACAAAGCAAAUUGGUGAUCAAGCGCAUGAAGUAGCAGCUAAAUUUGAUGAGUAUGCAAGGGGAAUGAUUAGUGCUUCUGGGUCUACUUUAUUUGAGGAGCUAGGUCUAUAUUACAUUGGUCCUGUGGAUGGGCACAAUAUAGAUAAUCUAGUAUCCAUAUUCCAAAAGGUGAGAGCAAUGCCUGCACCUGGCCCAGUUCUGAUCCACAUCGUGACGGAGAAAGGAAAGGGCUAUUCCCCAGCAGAGGCAGCAGCUGACAAAAUGCAUGGAGUUGUGAAGUUUGACCCUAAAACAGGAAAGCAAUUCAAGCCCAAAUCCCCUACGCUUUCCUAUACGCAGUACUUUGCGGAAUCUCUAAUCAAAGAAGCUGAGAUAGAUGAUAAGAUCAUAGCCAUCCAUGCGGCAAUGGGUGGUGGCACUGGCCUCAAUUAUUUCCAGAAAAAAUUUCCAGAACGCUGCUUUGAUGUGGGGAUUGCUGAGCAACAUGCAGUUACUUUUGCUGCUGGUAUAGCGGCAGAGGGUCUUAAGCCAUUUUGUGCCAUCUAUUCAACAUUCCUGCAACGAGGAUAUGACCAGGUAAUACAUGACGUUGAUCUUCAAAAGUUACCUGUCCGCUUUGCCAUGGAUCGAGCUGGUUUGGUUGGUGCAGAUGGACCGACUCAUUGUGGAGCAUUUGAUAUUGCAUACAUGGCUUGCUUACCUAACAUGGUAGUCAUGGGGCCAUCUGAUGAAGCAGAGCUGAUGCACAUGGUCGCCACAGCAGCAGCCAUUGAUGACAGGCCCAGCUGCUUCAGAUUCCCAAGAGGCAAUGGAGUUGGGGCAGUGCUUCCUCCUAAUAAUAAAGGAAUCCCACUUGAGAUUGGGAAAGGAAGAAUACUUAUGGAAGGUGAUCGGGUUGCAAUUCUGGGAUAUGGCUCUAUAGUUCAACAAUGUUUAGAAGCUGCAAACAUGCUCAGAUCGAGAGACAUUCUUGUCACACUAGCCGAUGCACGAUUUUGCAGGCCUUUGGAUACAGAUCUCGUUAGGCAAUUGGCCAAUGAGCAUGAAAUCCUAAUUACUGUGGAAGAGGGUUCUAUUGGAGGUUUUGGCUCUCAUGUAAGCCAUUUCCUAAGCUUAAGUGGUAUUCUAGACGGACCCCUUCAGUUGAGGUCAAUGGUCCUUCCGGAUAGAUAUCUUGAUCAUGGAUCACACCAGGAUCAGAUUGAAGAAGCAGGGCUCUCCUCUAGGCAUAUCUCUGCAACAGUCCUAUCUCUCUUGGGGAGGACACAAGAAGCUUUGCAGUUUAAGCACACCUAAGGAGAAAGGCUCUAAUGAGCAUCUUGGGCUAGUUUGAUCUCAGCUUCGUGGAUCUGAGAAACCAUGGUGUCGACCCGACUUUGGGGUUUGACAUUGUAAGGUUGAAGGACCUCAGGUAGCUAAGGUCCCCCAUAAAACAAAGGAGCGGUUUAGUUACAAUUCAUUGUAUCUGUACAUAUCAAGCUGUAGCACCAUAUAUGCUAUGAAAUUGAAAAAUAAAUGAAGCAAAAAUUUUCCUUUAGAA